AUGGAUGGACGGGAUGAAAGCGGUGGGUUGUCUGUUGGCCAUGUCGGGCUAGGCCGGGCUGACCUACUCUCAGAGCAAUUGCAACAAUGUGAAUUUAAGGGGGCAUGGAUGAGAAAAAAUAGAAAAGGGACAUUAAAGAGUGGGGUAAGGUCGUGGAGGGGGAGGGAUGGAAGUGGUGUCAUGCACACCCUUAAAUCACCAAAACUUGUCUUGCGGAGGAAGGACAUAGAUUCUGGCAUGAGGCAAAAGGAGCAGCAACAAUACAAAAAUAUGACGCAGGCAACCCAGUACUUCAAUUGGGUCUUGAAUGGACAAUACCUUUUCGAGUUGUUUGAGUUAAUUUAUACGGUGUUGUCACGAGUAUCCGAACCCAUAAAUAAGGGGAGUGGGCUUAAAUGGGCCACGAAUGGGCUGGAUAUUGAUGACUAUUUAUCUGACAAAGAAUGGGAAAGGCCCAUACCAGCCCAGCCCAGCCGCUUGCCCCAGCCGCUUGGGGGCCUUCUCAGUUCUUUCCCAGACUCUCACCCUCGGACGGUCUUCUGGUUUCUCAACGAAGGGGGCUUUUGCCGAAUUGCGUCGAUUUGUAUUUCUUCCAGGACAACGAUGGCGGAGCAGCCGCAGCAAGUGGUGGACGGAGAGUUGCAAUCAUCGCAGGCUCCGAAGGAAGACAUGAUAGCGUACGUUAUGGCAUUGGAGGCUGCCUUGCUUCCUUGCUUACCUGCUAGAGAGCUCCAAGCAAUAGAUCGCUCGCCACAUCCUUCUCAUCAGAUUGAUGUUGAGAGACAUGCCAGAGACUUUAUGGAGGCUGCCAAAAAGCUUCAACUGUAUUUUGUUGGUCUGCAACGGGAGGAUCAGCCGACCAAGGCUGAAACUCUGAGAAAGGACAUUGCAAUGAUGGAAGAAGAAUUGAAGGUGAAGAAUGACCUAAUUAAGAAGCAAGAGAGACUAAUCCAAGGGUGGAGAAAGGAGUUGAAAGAUCAAUUGGAUAAACACAACAAUGAACUGGAAAGGGUGUAGAAUAACGUCUGUUUCACGAUUGUUUACAUGAUCAAUCAUUUGUAAUCAAAUUAUAAUGAAUUAAAACUUGUCAUUUUACCCAUGUUCAUUAUUUAGUUAUGUUAUGUACAUUAUUUAGUUAUGUUA